AUGCGCUUCUCCAUCCUCACCGCCGCCGCCGCCGCCUCCGUCACGGGCGUCCUGGCCGCUCCCCAGAUCUACUUGAACGCGACCAGGGCCGACAACGUCACUACCACCGCCCCCUCCACUGCCCGGGUUGCCGUCGCCGCCGCCGCCGCAGCCCCCGCGGUGCCGCGCGUCGACCAGGCCGUGAAGAUGGUGACGGCGCUCAAGGCCGACGUGGAAGGUGACCUCGCCGACAUGAAGAAGACGGGCGACGUCGCGAGGAUGAAGAGCAAGAUCAACACCGUCACCUCAAAGGUGGACAGGGUCUCGUCGACGGUCGCGGCCGCCAUGAACGACGUCAAGCUCGACCGCCUGUCCGAGGCCGACAGGUCGGCCGUGUUUGGCAUGUUUCAGCAGGCCAAGACGCUCGCGAGCGAGGUCGAGCAUAGCGUGGGCUCCAUCGGCUCUGACGACCGCGCCGUGCUCCAAUCCGAGCUGCAGCUUUUGCGCGUCGACCUGGGCUCCCUCCUGCAGCCUCUUUUGGACGUCAUCCUGGACCUCCUCGGUAGCCUUCUCGGCGACGGCUCUGGAGAGGAGGACCCCAACGGCAAGCCCAGCGGCGGCAAGGGUGGUCUGCUGGGUGGCCUCCUUGGUGGUCUGCUGGGCGGUCUUGGUCUCGACGAGAUCCUGUAA